UCUUAUUCAAAGAAUGAUGAACAAUAUUUCUAUAGUAUUUAAAAAUGUUUCUAAGCUAAGAUAUCUAAAACGUAGUUCCCUUUUUAUUUUAAGUGUUAGACAUAAUCACUUAAACAGUAAUAAGGCUAUAAGUUAUGUUGAAAACAUUGUGGGUUGUUCAGUUCCAGUUUUUGAUUUAAAGUGGUUACCAGAAGUAGAUUUAGAAUCACAUUUCAGAAAGUUGAUUGGUUCUCAACACCCCAUAACAAAUGCUAUAAGAGAAAUAAGUUUAGACGAGUCGUUAUCAUGGAGCCUUAUAACAUUAUUAGUAUCAAAAGCAGCAGUAUUAAGUGAAAAUUCCUCAAAACAUGGAAAUGAUUUAAAUCCAGGAAUAUUCCAGAAACAAAUGGUCUUAGCUACAAUAACAGAAAUGAUACGCAUUAGCAAUAUUUUCCACAAAAAUAUUAUAAACAUUCAUAAAGACGAUUACCAAAAGCAUGUCUCGUUUGGAAACACACUGUCACUACUUAUAGGAGACUACCUAGAAAGCGAAACUCUCAUGCAACUAGCAAGUCUAAAAUGCAACAAAGUCCUUGAACUAGUAAUAUCAACGUUUCGAGAUGUUGCUGAAGCUGAAUUUAUCGAACCACAAGAUGGACAAAGCAGGCCGUUACCAGCUUCACCUCUGUCAACCAAAGAAAAAAAUUCAAUGCCCAAUCAUUUGGACCAGGAUAUAUUCGUAAUAGAAGAAAUAUUAGGAAACGCUAAGGCAGAAUGGAUUAUGCGCCAUGUAUUAGGUGGAGCGAGUUUAUUAGCAAAAAGCUGUCAAGCAGCUAUGAUGUUGGCAGACCACUCCGAGGAACUUGAACAGUCAGCUUACACCAUUGGAAGAAGUAUAGCUUUAUCGCAGCAGCUCCAAAAAGACAUUUCUAACUACAAAUCUACCGAAUUUGGACCUUUUAGUUUAAUAAGUGCCCCAAUGAUGUUCUAUAUUCAAGAUAACGUAGAUUUUUAUCAAACUCUAAUGGAAAAUGUCGAAAAAGACGAUAUUAACUACAACGAAAUUAGAAAUUUAGUUAUAAAUGGAAAUGCAAUUGAAAAAUCUUUGGAGUUAAAAGAUGAAUUUGUUUUAAAUGGAAUGGAAGCCUUAAAUCAAUUCCCAGAAAAUAAGGCAAAAAAUGCUUUAAUUAAUAUCUUACAGUCAAUAUAAUAUAAAAUAGUUAAAAUUAUGAUAUUUGUGAGAAAAACCUUCAAAGAAAAUAAAAAAAUUAUACUACUAUAAUAUUUUUUCU